AAGCGCACUGGUGCUGGAAAGAAACUCGGCGUCGUCGUCAGCAGAGAGGCGAGGCGGACCACGAGCGCGGAUAUCUCUCAAGGAAAUAGCGAAAAACGAGACGUUCACCUGUUAGAAACUGUGACCUCCUGCAUUGCUCUGCGCUGAGGAGAACCUGCAGCCUUCCACGUUCCUUUACCUGGAGUAUUCUGGAUCUCAGAAGGUUUUUUUUACCUCACCAUGUUAAAAAAUACCAGGAGAUUGUAGCACAGCAGACCACCCACCAAGGCAGGCAACGGCUUGGAGCCCACCAUACCCAGAAUUCAACGUUGGACACAUUGAAGCAACAUGUAGUGUUUGUUUUUUCACCACAGGGGGGCGGGUUCACUUUGUAGUUCUUUUUUUGUAUUCUUUUUUAUUUUAGGGAGUUGGUCCAUAAGGUGAGCCAGAAAUGGUCUUGCAUACCUCUCCCUACCCCAGUGCCUUACUCAGUUGCCUGAGCCGUCUGUCUUGGGCCUUUGUUUUCCCCUGUUACUGGCUGUUGGACAGGUUGUUGGCCUCCUGCGUACCAACAUCGCUGGAGAAACGCAGGCGUUCCCAGGAUCCCUGUUCCUUUUUGGUUUUGGGCGUUCUGAUCUCUACUCCCCUCUACCUGGUGCUGCUACUGGCAUCUUUACCGUUUGCUUUUCUUGGCUUCCUUUUGUGGGCCCCACUGCAAAGCAUCAGGAAACCUUACAUAUACUCCCAUCAGAAACCUGACAAGCAUGGCGCCGAACAGGGUGCAGCGGCCGGCACCGCGGCCACGCUUACCGAAUGGCGUCCGCAAGGUCGCAGCUUUUGCUUUGGAAGUGCCAAUGUUUGCCUGUUGCCGGACUCGCUGGCACGCUUCAAUAACCUGGCGGACACUCAACGACGGGCACGGGAAGUGGGCAAACGCAUCCGCAACGGUGCCAGCAGACCGCAGAUCAAGAUAUACAUAGACUCACCUACCAAUACAUCAAUUAGCGCUGUCUCCUUUUGCAGCCUGGCCACGCAGGGCUUCCGUCGCACCUCUUCCCUGGACCAUCGACCCGAGCCUACAGUCAACACUGAAAGCGAAACCGAGGCGUUAACAGAUUGUCCCGUUCAUUCCUCAGGAGGUACGAGGUCAGACUGCCCCAUUCACAUCACCGAUGCCCAGAAUUCUGCUGAGUGUCCUAUUCACCCCAAUGGAGAAGAACAUGCUCCAGAUUGCCCGGUUCAGCAGUUUGCAGAAUCAAACUCCUCCAACGAGUGUCCACUGCAUAGCAACAUCACCCAGAACUCCGAAGAGUGUCCCCUCCAUCCAUCUGGAGUGCAAAUCAGCAUAACCUCCCCUGAUUCUGAACCAAUCGAUGCUGCAAAAGGAAACCAUCAAGACGGGGAUACGGGGAGCCUCGAAAGCCGCACAGCUUCCAGGGAAUCCCUGGUUCGAUUUCAUGCGGCCGAUGGAGGCAUAUCGCCAAACAACACUCUCUCACAACACCGCACCUCAGUGUUCAAACGACCUAUUGGGCGCAAGCGCCGUCAUGGCGAUGACGGCUUCGACCACGAGAUCUCCGCCUUCUUCCCAGCCAACCUGGAUUUCCUGUGUCUACAGGAAGUGUUCGACAGGCGGGCUACGGACAGACUCAGGAGGCAGCUGCACCGCUACUUCCCUUAUGUGCUGAGCGAUGUGGGACGCUAUGGCUGGAAAGGCUGUUGCUCUCGCUUCAAGUUCUUGAACAGCGGGCUGCUGCUGGCCAGUCGCUACCCUAUUUUAGAUGCCCGUUAUGAGUGUUUCCCAAAUGGGCGUAGUGAGGAUGCAUUGGCGGCUAAGGGAGUUCUUUUUGCCAAGGUGCAGGUCGGACGCUCGGCUCAGGAACAACGGGUUGUCGGAUAUAUCACGUGUACUCAUCUGCAUGCUAUUGAAGGUGAUUCGUCUGUGCGGUGCGAGCAGCUAGAUCUCUUACUGGAGUGGGGCUCUGAGUUCAGGAGGGCCAACUUGGGGUCGGCAGAUGAGGAGAAGGUUUUGGAAGAUCAGGUGGCCUUCGACGUCAUACUCGGAGACCUCAACUUUGACAACUGCUCGUCGGAAGAUAAGCUGGAACAGCAGCAUUCACUCUUCACUCAGUAUAAAGACCCGUGUCGUCUCGGCCCUGGAGAGGACAAACCAUGGGCCCUGGGUACACUGCUGGACACGAGCGGGCUGUACGACGAGGAAGUCGGCUCACCAGAGAGCCUUCAAAAGGUCAUGGAGAAUGAAGAAGGAAGAAAGGAGUACUUGGUUUUUCCCGCCAGCAAGAAUCACUGCCCCAGCCAGAAGGGGCGUAAAAUCCCCCUGAAGGGCAACGGGAGACGAAUCGACUACAUCCUCUAUAGAGAGGAAGGCCUGCAGCAGGAAUGGAAAGUGGACAUUGAAGAGUUUAGCUUCAUCACUCAACUGGCCGGAUUGACCGACCACCUCUCGGUGGCCGCGAGACUGGUAGUCUCGACUGGAGAAGAGGAGAGUUAGAAUCCAGCCAUAAAUUUACAAAAAAAUCAAUGCCACGGAGAGACAGAGAGCAGUGAGUAGAAAGUAAAAAUCAGCAGGAGGAAUUUGUCAAGCCUCCAGAUGUCAGAUGAGGCCCGAGUGAUGGAGAUGGUUGAGAGGUCGAAUUAAACCAUCGGUGAGAUGAAUCGGCUGAGAGCAGCACACGGGCGUGACAUCCGGACCGCCGUUCUCAAAUGACACAGACACGCACGUUCUGUUGUUGCCAUGGAUACGGACACUUACACACCAUCUACUCCUGGACUGUCCGUGUUUACAUCUCAAUUGAAGAAGAAAUCGAAAGACUGACUCACCUCGCACAUCCGAUGCUUUUCUCCGGGGCCGGCGAGGAGACGGAGGCGUUUUUCUGGUGCCAUGACCCGGUUGUUGCACGAAGCGGUCCUGUCACACAGUAUGGAAUGGACUCUGACUUCGGCGUCGUUUACAGUUAGUCCACCACGAGAGGACACAACCUCUCGAUGUCUAUCCCUCAGCGUUCUUCAAGACCUCAGCAAAGUGUCUUUCUUUUCUAACAUCUUUCUAAGGUUUCUAUGGCCUCGCGUCAUCUUUUUAGGGAGUUUAUAUACUCACGCUGAGGCUUUAUUGUACCUCAGCCAACACUACUAAGUCCGUCAUAAACGAUUGAGCGCAAAGCUGGGAUUCAAAAAAUGUAUGAAAUGUCCCGGACUGCUUACCAACUGCUUACCACUGGAUGUAUGGAUUGCCGGCAGACGCAUGUGUUUCAAUGCACUGCUAUGUUUGUCAUGGCCUGCAUGUUUGACAUGAAAUCCCCAGAAGUUAUUAACACAACGUCCACCUCUCUCUCUAUCUCUCUCUCUCACACACACACACACACAAAACACAUUUCCCUUUUGCAGUAUUGCUUUGACUCGUAAAAACCCGUAAAAAGAGUCGCAGUGUUCAGUGUUUACAUAUUUGAGCCAAGAUGGCCGUCCCCUGAAAAUGUUUACACACUUAUCGAUUUCAGGCAACAGUACCAAAAGCGGCCGAUCUAACCAAUCCCAGUUAAACCCACAGAGGAUCUCUCUUUAUUGCUUUUAUAUGGUCUAAAAUGAUCUUGUUCUAAGUUGAUAUUAUUGUUGUUAUUAUUCUUAUCAUUAAUCGUAUUAACAUUUUUUUGUAGAUUAUGUGCUUUUUACAAAUGACUACAUUUCCCAUUAUGCAUUUAAUAUCCGCUUUGGCUGUGUUAGAGGUUUAAAGCAACCUAGCAUAGAGCUCGCCCUGUUUCAACCGGCAGAAUGAUUGGCCAAUCAGCAUGCUAGCCUAAGUUAAACCAAUCACCUGUGUGAUGUCACACGAGGGGAUCGUAAACCAAUCAUUCACAUGACUUUGGAUAAAAUGCACCGUAUACAUACAUCCUGUCCCCGAACACCCUUCUGGCACUAUUUUUUUAUUUUAUAACAUGACCUUUGAUGCGAUCACUGUGCCAUAAAAAUGAAACCUGUACAAACCUUUAUAAAGGGUGUGGGGACCAUUUUAGGUCAUCUAGGUUAGUGCCUGUAGUAUUUUUCCAUCUUCGCUAUUGUAAGGGAUUAAAGUUCAAGAGUAAGAUUGUAAAAAGUAGUUUUAGAACGUAAACUGUCAUCCUCUUCUUAAAACCAGGGGGUCAAAGGUCAAACAGGGAGAGCUGUAGUUAAGAUGCAUGCAGUUAAAACCAGAAGCUUCACCAAUUCUCACUCUUAUUGCUGUCCAUUAACAUCUUACUGUUAUCUAUAUAUUGUUUUGAAGACUAUUAACUUGUUUUUUAGUUUUCUUUAAAUCUUGAGGAAUGCUGCUUGCUGCAAGCUCACGGCUGGUCAUGUAUUUAAGGGAAGAGUGGGAAGGGAACAGCUUUCUCUAUGUCAGCUCUUUAUAACACGUUUGGUUUUUAUUAAAAAAACAUCCCACUUUGA